AAAGUAAGAGCCGCUGACAACAAAGCAUCUUGUUUGUUUAAUCAUUUCAUUCAUCUCUCUCUCUCUUAAUCAUCAUCUUCCUCAUAAUUCGUCAUCUCCAUUCAUUUCUCUUUCUCUCUCUCUCAUACUUUUGCAGCAGUGCAGCGCAGUUGAUGUUGAUGAUGAUGAUGAUGCCCUCCUUCUAAUCUUCCUUUUCUUCUUUACUGCUGGCUUCUUUUUCAUAUCAUUCUUUUUUUUUUUUUUUUCCUCUUAUUAUUAGUUAAAUAAAAGGGUAAAAAAAAUCCAAUCUCAAGACAGCACUAACUCAUAGGUGGCUGACUGCGAGGGAGGAAAAGAGGAGGUGGAGAAUCAUAUCCCAGUUAAUUGUUGCGGAUGAAGGGAGAUCAACAAAUAUCAUUGCUGCUGGAUUGAAAGUGAAGUUUGAUUUCAUCGAGAGAAGAUGCAGCAAGGUGGGAUUCCUAUCCAAUCCCAAUAUGGAGCACCGCCAACUGCUUCUGCAACUGGUGCACUAAGCACCCACAUGCUGCUGGCUGCAGGAACCGACCAAUCUCAACAGCACCAGCAACAGCAGCUGAUUGUAGAAGAGGCCUCCCCCAUUAGCAGUCGACCUCCUGCAACUACUGGGAAUUUGGAUGAAUUCAUGAGGCUGUCCGGUAGCGGAGAUGAAGCAGAUCGAGCGGAAGGUAUUUCAAGCAGCAACAGAUGGCCCCGUCAAGAAACUCUCGCUCUUCUUCAAAUUAGGUCUGAUAUGGAUGCCGCCUUUCGUGAUGCUACUGUCAAGGGUCCCCUCUGGGAAGAUGUUUCCAGGAAGCUGGCGGAGAUGGGAUACAAGAGAAGUGCCAAGAAAUGCAAAGAAAAAUUUGAGAACGUCCACAAGUAUUACAAGCGAACCAAGGAAGGACGAGCUGGUCGUCAAGAUGGCAAAAGCUACAGAUUUUUCAGUCAACUGGAGGCUCUACAUAACAUCAACAGUAACACUUCAACUACAUCCCUCAAUCUUGUCUCAGCUUCUCAACCGGUGGCUACCACAGCCACUACCCUAGAUGUUGCUCCUGUUUCCGUUGGGAUCCCUAUGCCUGUCUCCUCCGUUAGAAUUCCACCUUCAACUGUCGGCAUGUCCUCCUCCUCCUCCAUGUUCCCUCCAGAUUUGGCCGCAACUAUGGCACCUGCUGUUCCUGUACCACCCAGGCCGUUAGCAGGAAUCAGCUUCUCCUCAACUUCAGAUGGCUCUUCUUCUUCUUCUGGAUCCCACGAGGAUGAUGAGGAUGACGACGAUGACGAUGACGAUGUUGAUAAGCCAACCAGCGUUGCCGCUGGUUCAAGCCGCAAACGUAAAAGGCAUUCUUCUAAAGGAGGUACCCGCCGAAUGAUGGAGUUCUUUGAGGGCCUUAUGAAACAUGUUAUACAAAAGCAAGAGGCCAUGCAGCAGAGUUUCCUGGAGGCCAUAGAGAAGAGAGAACACGACAGGAUGAUAAGGGAGGAAGCCUGGAAAAGACAAGAACUUGCCAGACAGAGCCGCGAGAAUGAGCUUGUGGCUCAAGAGCGGGCCAUUUAUGCUUCCAGAGAUGCAGCAAUAAUUGCCUUUCUACAGAAAAUUACUGGCCAAACCAUUCAGUUGCCUUCACCUGUAACAAUUCCAGCAGUCCCACGACCAGCACCCCCAUCACAACCACAAACUGUGUCAUUGGCACCCGUAGUCACCGUCUCAACCCAACAGCCACCACCCCCACAACCGCAAGCACAACCGGACCGAUCACCACUGCCCCAACAAGAUAAACAACAGCAGCACCAAGUAGUCCAUCAUCAGCAGUCAUCCAUUUCCUCGGAAGUAGCAGUGGCAUUCCCAGAACAAGAGGUACCACCGCAGGAAAUUGGUAAUAUUGGGAGCCUUGAACCUACCUCCUCAAGAUGGCCAAAAGCAGAAGUACUAGCACUUAUAAAGUUGAGGAGUGGGCUUGAAUCCAGAUACCAAGAAGUGGGGCCCAAGGGCCCACUUUGGGAGGAAAUCUCCGCUGGGAUGCAUCGGAUGGGUUACAAGAGGAAUGCCAAGAGAUGCAAGGAAAAAUGGGAGAACAUCAACAAGUACUUCAAGAAGGUCAAGGAAAGUGACAAGAAACGCCCUGAAGAUGCCAAGACCUGUCCCUAUUUUCACGAACUAGAUGCACUUUACAGAAAAAAGAUACUUGGCAGCAGUAGCGGAGGUGCUGGCGAUGGUAGCACUACCAGUAGUAGCUUUGCCAACCUGAAUAGGCCACCAGAAUCGCAGCAGCAGGCAAGCAUGAUAUCAGAUCCUCUUCCACCUACAAAGCCCGAGAGUAGGAGUGAGGUCUCAGCCACAGUGUUGGUGCAAGCCUCUGAUUCACAAACUAAAAUGGGUAGUGGAGCAGAUAUCAAUACAGUUUUGCCUGGAAGCCUCUUUGGAGAAGGAAAUGGAGGAGCAACGAAGCCAGAAGACAUCGUGAAAGAGUUUAUAAAACUGCAGGGGAUGCAAAGACAACAGCAAAUACAGUUGAUGUUGCAUGACUACGAGAAAAUGGAGGAAGGUAAUGAGAGCGAUAACACAGAGCAAGAGGAUAAUGAAGAUGGUAUGGAAGACGUCGACUGCAAUGACAACGACGAGGACGAGGACGGUGUCGAAGAUGAUGAUGAACGGCAAGAAGAGAGAAAGAUGGCAUACAAGAUAGAAUUUCAGAGGCAGAACACAAACGCCUCUAAUGGAGGAGGAAACGGAACACCCUCUUUUCUUGCGGUGGUUCAGUAGCCUCACCGACAUCCUCAGCUUCCCAAAACGUACCAUAUGCACCAAGUACUUUCGAAGCUCGAACAAGACAUCUAACAAUUGAGUUGAAACUCUGACAACCUUAAUUCUUCACUUUGAAAUUUUCCCUUUUCUUUUCCUUUCCUUUCCUUCUCUUCCGUCCUUUUCCUUCCAUUUCUUCUUAUCCAGAAAAUUUCAUUGUCAUCCUCGUUGAUCUGUUAAAUUUUUUUUCCCCAUUAAAUCUUCUUCCCAAUACACUUAUAUGAUCACUUAUUUCAAUUUAUUUAUUAAUUUGUUGUUGAAUAAAGGACCGUUUCAAGGUAACCAGAAGAUUGAUUUAAAGGAAGACCAAAUAAGCUUGCUUGCUUGCUUGCCUAUGAUUGUGAGACUGAGAAGCAAAGACAGCAAGAGAUGAAAUGGCAGAGAAAUACAAGUAAUCUAUGGUAAUGUAUGUUUGGGUACGCCUUCGAUAAAGGGUUACCUCAUUUUAUCUGUUGUUUCCAUUUAAUAAUAUAGUUUCAGUGAGCUGGAAUCUAAUUAGUUUUCUCCCUUUAAAAUUUAAUCAAAUUCCUCAUUCAUCCA